AUGUGCAAUGGUAACGACAAGACAAAACAAUCGCGGUCGCAAUCCAUCGUUUCGAGAGCUUUUCCCCCGUCGCAAUAUCCGCCCACCUACAUCGACAAGCACCCGCACGCUGCCGCAGCGAGAUCGUCACUCACCGCGUUGAUCAAAGAUCUCAGAGCACAGGAGCGCGAGGUUCUCAGUCUAAGCAGCGCGCUCGAUAAAGAGCGGUUGGAGCAUGAGAAGCACAUUGAAGACCUAGAAACAACACACGCGAAAGAGAUCGCGGCCGUCAAUGAGCAUCACGAUCGCCAUCUUGCGCAGAUCGAAGUGCGUCACAGCGAAGAGCUCACGCGCGUCAAGUUGUGGCAGCGGAGGUCAACAUUGGAAGCCGAAGUGGAGAAGACGAAAGAAGAGGCGAAGAUGAGAGCUCUUUGGCAAGAGACUAGAAUCCAGGAACUGGAGCGCGAAAACGACCAUGUUAAGCAUCAACUGGCAAACUCGCAGAGGGAUUCACAAUGGAAGAACUGGAUGAAGACGAUAAUGUCAUAA